UAUAACUUGCUUGCCUCGGGCGAAAGGUCACUUGGAUUUUGUUAGACGAUCGCUUAGAGCUUUCCUUCAUCCCUAAUCCAUCCGAUACGCGUCCUGAAGCAGCCCCAGACAACAGCUCUACAGCCUCAAUAUACUCAGCACUCGCAAAUUAUGUCUACGUUGCCAGUCGAAGCCAUUCGAGAGUUCUCAGAGCGUCACCCGAAGCCUGGCCACCUCACGUACCAGUAUGGUACAGCGGGCUUCAGGACUCUGGGCAACGAUCUCGACUCUGUGAUGUUUAGAGUCGGCGUCCUCGCAGGGUUACGUAGCAAGAGACUCGAUGGACGCACCAUCGGCGUCAUGGUGACCGCGUCCCACAACCCUGAGCCCGACAACGGUGUGAAAUUGGUCGAUCCACGCGGGGAGAUGCUUGAAGCUUCUUGGGAAGGCCAUGCUACCGUCCUCGCGAAUGCGUCUAACACAAGCGCAUUCGUCGAGGCACUGGAGACUCUUGUUAAGCAACUCAAGAUCGAUCUUUCUAAGCCAGCUCGCGUCGUCUACGCGAGGGACACCCGUCCAUCCGGCCCUGCGCUGGUCGGUGCCUUGGAGGAUGGCCUGAAGGCGCUCGGCGUUGAAGCUCGGAAUGCCGGUGUCACGACAACACCAAUCCUACACUAUUUAGUUAGAGCAAUCAAUACGAAGGGCACGAAGGACACGUAUGGCGACGACUCCGCCGAGGGUUACAUGCAAAAGUUGUCCAGCGCUUUCAAGAAACUCAUCGCUGGGAAGCCAGCUUCGCCACCGCUGCUCGUUGACUGCGCCAACGGUGUAGGUGCCGAAGCUGCCGCCACAUUGUCGCGGUACUUAGGCGAGUCGCUGUCACUGAUUCUCCAUAACACCGCCACGACUACGUCCGGUGCUCUCAAUCACGCUUGCGGUGCGGACUUCGUGAAAACUCAACAGAAGCUUCCCCCUUCACUCGCUGCGCAUCUCAAGCCUGGUCAACGAGCUUGCAGUCUCGAUGGCGAUGCAGACCGCCUCAUCUAUUUUUAUCUCGACGAGAGGAGUCAGUUCCAUAUGCUUGACGGCGACAAGAUCGCAGCGCUGGUAGCCGCAUUCAUUGUUGAUCUUGUGAAGGCUGCAGGACUUGAAGAAGAGAUCAGAGUUGGCAUCGUCCAGACAGCUUACGCAAAUGGUGGCUCGACCAAGUACUUGGCUGAGAGACUCCCUGUUCGAUGUGUUCCUACGGGCGUGAAACAUCUUCACCACGCUGCUGAGCACUAUGACGUCGGAGUAUACUUUGAGGCCAACGGUCACGGCACUGUUCUCUUCUCUCCAGAGACUCAGGCCAAGCUUGCAGAACACCAACCAAGCACUCCCGCGCAAUCCACCGCUCUAACCCAUCUCGUGAACCUAACCAACCUCAUUAACCAGACCGUUGGUGAUGCUCUUUCGGACAUGCUUCUUGUUGAGGUCGUCCUCGUCCACCGCUCGUACGGAGCUUUCGAGUGGGACUCACUCUAUGUGGACCUUCCGAACCGCCUCGUCAAGGUCGUCGUUGCGGACAGGAACAUCUUCAAGACCGAGGACGCGGAACGUCGUCUUGUGAGCCCGCCUGGUCUCCAAGCGCGUAUCGACGAGUUGGUGCGCAAGUACGAGGCUGGAAGGGCCUUCGUAAGACCCAGCGGAACCGAGGAUGUUGUGCGAGUGUAUGCAGAAGCCAGAGUUCGUGCCCAAGCUGACGAGCUCGCAUAUCGUGUUGCUGGCCUCGUCUAUGACGAGACUGGUGGUGACCCUGCCACACGUCCUGCUGAGUUCUUGUGAGAGCCGAUGCGAAUCGAAAUUGAAAUCAACGGACAUUUGUAUGAGUACGCGAAGGAAGGAUAUCCAGCAGCAUAUUAUUAUCAGUAGAAACACAUAACCAGGAAUCCUACAUGCCAACAUAUUGAGGAUGUAAUUGGAUACUCGGGUUAUCUACGGAAGUG